AUGUUCUUCGCCCAUCCGCGUCACGGCCAGCUGACAGCCCAAGAUACAGCUACCAUGUCGCGUUCCAAGCGUGGAUCUAUCCCCUCGAUGGAGGCCCUGGGUGAGGCCUUUGUUGGCGAGACUGUCAUGACCGUUCUCGGUGCUAGCGGUGACCUCGCCAAGAAGAAGACCCUCCCCGCCCUCUUCACUCUCUACCGCCAGGGCCACCUCCCGGAUGACAUCCACAUUGUCGGCUAUGCUCGUACCAAGAUGACCGACGAGGAGUUUAAGCAGCGUGCUAUUCAGUACAUCAAGGCUCCCAAGGGCUUCAGCGAGGACGAGUUUAAGAAGGAGAUUGAGAAGUUCCAGAGCAUCCUCUCGUAUGUCCACGGCCCUUACGACGAGGACUCUGGCUACCAGGCCCUCGAGAAGCGCUUGGUCGAGAUUGAGACCAAGCGCCCCGGUGGCACCAGGCGCAACCGCUUGUUCUACAUGGCCCUCCCCCCUUCCGUCUUCACGGUUGUGGCCGCCGGUCUCCGUAAGAACAACUACUCGACCGAGGGCGGUAACCGCAUCAUUGUCGAGAAGCCGUUCGGCAAGGACCUCGAGUCGUGCCGUGAGAUGAUGUCGGCCCUCAAGGCCGAGUGGGCCGAGAACGAGACCUACCGUAUCGACCACUACCUCGGCAAGGAGAUGGUCAAGAACCUCCUCGUUCUCCGUUUCGGCAACGUCGUUCUCGACCAGACUCUGAACAAGAACUCGGUCUCGAACGUUCAGAUCACCUUCAAGGAGCCCUUUGGCACUGAGGGCCGUGGCGGUUACUUUGACGAGUUUGGAAUCAUCCGCGACGUCUGCCAGAACCACCUUCUCCAGACCCUGUCGGUUCUCUGCAUGGAGCGUCCCGUCUCGUUCGCUGCCGAGGACAUCCGUGACGAGAAGGUCAAGGUUCUCCGCUGCAUUCCCCCCAUUAAGAAGGAGGACGUCCUUCUUGGCCAGUACGUUGCCGCCAACGGCCACCCCGGCUACCUCGACGACGACACUGUGCCCAAGGGCUCGAACUGCCCCACCUUCGCUGCUCUCACCCUCUUCAUCAACAACCCCCGCUGGGAGGGCGUGCCUUUCAUCAUGAAGGCCGGCAAGGCCGUCAACGAGGGCAAGGUCGAGAUCCGUGUGCAGUUCAAGGAUGUCACCUCGGGUAUCUUCACCGACAUUGCUCGUGACGAGCUUGUCCUCCGCAUCCAGCCCGACGAGGCCGUCUACAUGAAGCUCAACAACAAGCUUCCCGGUCUCGUCACCAAGGCCGUCCCCACCGAGCUCGACAUGACCUACAAGAACCGCUUCUCGGACGUCGAGAUCCCCCAGGCGUACGAGGCCCUCAUCCUCGACGCCUUCAAGGGCGACGCUUCCAACUUUGUUCGUGACGACGAGCUCGACGUUGCCUGGAAGAUCUUCACCCCGAUCCUCCACUGGAUCGACAACGACAAGCCCAAGCCCGAGCCCUACCCGUACGGUGCGCGCGGCCCUGCCGACUCGGCGGCCUUCUCGGAGCGCUACGGCUACAAGCGCGACGACGCUGGCACUUACCAGUGGCCCGUGACCAACGUUGCGGCCAACCUUUAA